CACUGUGUCUCUCCAAUCUCUCUGUUCUUCCCCUUCCCUCCCCUCCCCUCAGUCCCCAUCCCCAUAGAAAGAGGAGAGAGGCUGUGAGAGAGAAGGGGAGAGAGAGAGAGAGAGAUGGCAGAAAUGAAUCUGAGUGGUCUCACUUUUCCUCUCCUCUUCCUCUGAGCUAUAAUGAGCAGAGCUCCCGGUCUCUUCUUCUCAGAAGAAGAUGGCUCUGCAACAAGAAGAACAAACCCAUCACCACCUCCAGCCCCCUCCCCUCUUCCUCAACGACCUCCUCUUCUGUGAGGAAGAGCAGCAGCAAGUGGAUGAAGUCGAGGAGGAGGACAAUGCCUUUGUGUAUGGAGGAGAAGAUGAAGAUGAUGAAGAAGAAAGCGAAAAGGGCCCGCCUUUCCCUUGGGAAGAAGACGGCGAAGACCUUCUCGACUCCCUCAUUUCCAAGCAGGCAGAGACCCACCCCUGUUACGACGACCUUAUCUCCGAUGGGCCUCUAAUGGCGGUCAGGAAGCAGGCGGUGGAGUGGAUUCUCCGGGUUCAUUCACAUUACGAGUUCUCUGCUCUGACAGCUGUUGUGGCUGUCAACUACUUUGAUAGGUUCCUUCUGAGCUUCAGGUUCCAGAGGGACAACCCGUGGCUGGGUCAGCUCAUCGCCGUGGCUUGUCUCUCUCUGGCGGCUAAGUUGGAGGAGACCCAUGUCCCUGUUCAGCUCCUUCUUCACCUCCAAGUGGAAGAAUCAGUGUAUCUGUUCGAGCCGAAGACCAUACAGAGAAUGGAGCUCCUGGUGCUCUCCACUCUCAAUUGGAGGAUGAACCCCAUUACUCCACUCGCAUUCUUUGAUCACAUUAUCAGGAAAUUGCCUUUUCGGUUAGAGGCUGCUUUGAAUUGGGAGUUCUUUUGGAGGUUUGAACGGCUGAUUCUCUCAGUCCUUACAGAUGUAAGGCUCCUGCAUUAUCUUCCUUCGACCCUCGCGUCUGCUGCAAUGCGCUGCAUUGUUAAAGAGGCUGAGCCAUUCGAGUCAGAGGCAUUUCAGGACCUGCUCACAAGCUUUCUCAAGAUAAAUAAGGACAAAGUAGAUCAGUGCUAUGAGCUCUUAGCAGAAUCAUUGGGGAGCCGUUUCUGCAGCCUGAAGAAUGGCCACAAGAGGAGGAAGCUUAGCAUCCCCAGCAGCCCAAGCGGUGUGAUAGAUGCUUCUUUCAGCUGCGAGAGCUCCAAUGACUCGUGGGCUGUGGCUUCUUCAGUCUCGUCCUCGCCGGAGCCAAGCUUCAAAAGGAGCCGGACACUGGAUCAUCAUCAGCAGCCAGGCUUGCCUUUACCCUCUCUUAGAUCGUUCCUCCAAGGAUGUUCACAAUAGGACCACUGAAACCUAAAUGUGCUAAUUAAUUAGUCUUUCGGGAUUGUCUCUAAUUAUCUUUCAUCGAACCCAGUAUAGAACACUGUCUAGCUCUCCUUCCGUUGAAUGUUAUCGAGAUCAAAUUGCCGUUUGUUUCACUUCUACAUGUAUGUGAAUGAACCAAAGAGAGAAUUCUCAAGGAACAUCAGAUCGUGUUCGAUCUUCCUCG